UAAUUACGGAGUAUUAAAUUAACAAAUUUGGAACCUUUUAUGAUAAAAAAAAACAAAUUUGGAACCUUUGUGGGGAAGAGACAAUGGCAUCCAACAGAGAGGCGCGACGGCGACGUAUAGUGGACAAAGGAUCCGACCGGAUUGCCCUCAUCACCGGCCAGAUCCGCUCCCUCCAGCCGAGCUGCGUCUCCGAAUCCGAACUGCGACAUUCCCACACCGCCUCAUGUCCGCCCCAUCUCUCUCCCGAAGCCCACGAACCCGACCUUCCAUCCCUGGGCUCUAUUGCCGAAGACUCGGUUUCUGGGCAUAUGUUGGAAAAUGAUAAUGAGUCUGUUUCUGAGCCUGGCCAUAAGAACAAAUAUGAAGGUGAAAACAGAGAGAGCACUGGAGUUUCAUCAUCAUUGGGUCUUCACAGCAAACAAGUGCAGGUCUCAUCUGCUGCAAUUACUGCUUCUGAAGGGGGGGAUCAUCAUCGUCAUAGAAAGCGAAUGAGCAACCAUCCAAGUAUCUUCACUCCCCAGAAAAUCAUGUCUGCCAUUAAAUCAUGCGAGAGCAUUCGCAUUCGCUGCUCUCUAGCAGCUUCCCUUCUAGUAGUGUUAUGUUAUGUAGGAUGUCCUAUCCUGGGGACCCGCUUGGUUAAGAGUAUUGUCCUUUUCAGACCACUGUUUUUGCUUCUUCUGACCAACACAUCGAUCGUUGUUGGACUCCUUCUCUUAGAAGAUGCAGGGUCUGGAAGGGUGGUUCAACAAGAAUCUAGCAGUGGAGUUUUAGCAGACGAGAAUGAUUGGGCAGAUAGGGUGGGAAAAGCCUUAGAGCUUGGGCUGAUGUUGCAGAAAAUUAUGGGUGCACUGUUCAUUGAUGCUAGUAUAUAUGCAAUAUCAGUUAUUUGCAGUCUUUCCUUUACACAACAACUUGGAUGGUAAGUGUCCUGUUCACAAUUGCUUGCUCGAGGAAGGAAGGUUAAUUCUGGUAUAAAAGAAUGUAGCUUUCUCUUUUAUAUACAAGGAACAAAAGUUUUGCUGUAAUGGGAAAUUUUUAUAGUCCAGAUUGCAUUGAUAAUGGUCAUUUUUGGGAUUCUUGUUCUGUAAACUUUACAUGAAUGCCUAAGUAUCGUCUAUAUUUUCAACCUCUA